GGGCAAAGGGACUGGAUAAUAGUGGACCAGGCUCUAUUGGAAAAAAGACUAGAGAGAGAGAGAGAAGAGAGAGAGAAGAGAGGAGCAGCACUCUUCUCCACUCCCCCCUCCCAGCAAAUGAGAGAGCAAGUCUAAACCAUGUUGCAUAUCAGUGCUGUUGUGCUGUGAUGUUGCUCAGGCAGAGCCCGGCGCAGAGCAGGCAGCCUUGUGGACCGGCACUCAGACCCAGGAUCAGCCCAGCCCUGUCAGAGCUGGAGACCCUGUCCCCGCAACAUCCCUCGCCUCCUCGGCGCGCCUCCCUCGGCGGUGACAUGUACCCCGAAGAGAGCCGAGGGUCCGGCGGGGUGGCCACUGUGGACUUCCUGGAAGGGACCUAUGACUACGCCGCCCCCACCCCGGCCCCGACUCCUCUGUACGGCCACUCCACCCCCGGCUACUACUCUGCUUCUCUGGACACACACGGACAACCCUCUGAUAGCAGCAUUCAGUCUCUGGGCAGUGGGCCUUCCAGUCCUCUGGUGUUUGUGCCCUCGAGCCCCCGACUCAGCCCCUUCAUGCACCUGCCCAGCCACCACUAUCUGGAAACCACCUCUACGCCCGUCUACAGGUCCAGCGUCUCGUCCGGCCAGCAGAGUAUUUCCAGAGAGGACCACUGUGGCACCAGCGACGAGUCAUUCAGCGUGGGGGAGUCCGGGGCCGGAGCUGCAGUCGGGUGCUUCGAGAUGGCAAAAGAGAUGCGUUACUGUGCAGUGUGCAGUGACUAUGCCUCUGGGUACCACUACGGGGUGUGGUCCUGUGAGGGCUGCAAGGCCUUCUUUAAGAGGAGCAUCCAGGGUCACAAUGACUAUAUGUGCCCAGCAACCAAUCAGUGCACUAUUGACAGGAAUCGCAGAAAGAGCUGCCAGGCUUGUCGCCUCAGGAAGUGUUACGAAGUGGGCAUGAUGAAGGGAGGUGUGCGUAAGGACCGGGGGCGAGUUUUGCGGCGUGACAAACGGCGGACUGGUACCAGCGAAAAGGACAAGGGCUUGAAGGACCGGGAGCAGAGAACAGGGCCCCCUCAGGACCGGAGGAAACUCAGCAGCAAUGCUGGAGGAGGAAAAUCAGCAGUCAUAAGCAUGCCUCCUGACCAGGUGCUCCUCCUGCUCCAGGGUGCGGAGCCACCCAUUCUGUGCUCUCGUCAGAAGCUGAGCAGACCUUACACCGAGGUCACCAUGAUGACCCUGCUCACCAGCAUGGCCGAUAAGGAGCUGGUCCACAUGAUCGCCUGGGCCAAGAAGCUUCCAGGUUUUCUGCAGCUGACCCUCCAUGACCAGGUGCAGCUGCUGGAGAGCUCCUGGCUUGAGGUUCUGAUGAUCGGCCUCAUCUGGAGGUCCAUCCACUGCCCUGGGAAACUCAUCUUUGCUCAGGACCUCAUACUGGACCGAAGUGAAGGCGACUGCGUGGAGGGCAUGGCAGAGAUCUUCGACAUGCUUUUGUCCACCGCUUCCCGCUUCCGCAUGCUUAAACUCAAACCUGAGGAGUUCGUCUGUCUCAAAGCGAUCAUCCUGCUCAACUCUGGUGCCUUUUCUUUCUGCACCGGCACAAUGGAGCCGCUCCACGACAGCGCGGCCGUGCAGAAUAUGCUCGACAUUAUCACAGACGCCCUCAUCCAUCACAUCAGCCAAUCAGGUUGCUCGGUUCACCAGCAGUCAAGGCGACAGGCCCAGCUGCUCCUCCUGCUCUCCCACAUCAGGCACAUGAGCAACAAAGGCAUGGAGCACCUCUACAGCAUGAAGUGUAAGAACAAGGUUCCUCUGUACGACCUGCUGCUCGAGAUGCUGGACGCUCACCGCCUCCACCGCCCGGACAGACCCGCAGAAUCCUGGUCCCAGACUGACGGAGAGCCCGCAUACAUCAGCAACACCAACAACACCAACAACAGCAGCAGUAGCAGCAGCAGCUCCACCUCAGCUGGGCCCAGAGUCAGCCAAGACAGCCCCAACAAAACCCCCACAAGUCAAGGGGUCCUGCAGUAUGGAGGGUCCCGCUCUGACUGCACUCACAUCCUAUGAAGGUCUGAUGUGGUUUUUUUAGAUGAUGUAUGGAGUGAAAUGAUUUUAAGGAAGACAGAUGAAGUAGAUUUAAAUUGAUUUCAUGAGAUAAUUAUUUAUGAAUGAAGUAAUUGUUUUCUUUACAGCUGAUGAAGGGAGUAAUUUUUCCUCUGCACUACUCUACUUCAUGACAAUGUGAGCUUUGACGCAGUUAAUCUUCUAUCUUCUACAGCUUAUUGUUUCCUGGUGUUCGGUCAUAUCGUGACUCUCAAGCAGCUAAUUUUUCCUUUUACUCGCCUCAACCAAAGUGCACUUCCUCUUGGGUUUAAGGGGCUGUUGGGCAUUACUGUACUUGAACAUGAUGACAUGCUAAAUAUGAUGGCAUUAUUUUACUUGUACAUGUAGCAUCAUUUCAUGCUACGUAUGGUAAACUCAAAUCAAAGUGUAAUUUAUUGAUGUAGGUUUUAUGCACACAGUUUUAAAAAUUUGAUAUAAAAAUGAAGUGAAUCUCGACCAGCUGAAAGUAACACGAUCAAACUGUAUCGAUGACACGGUUCAGGAAGACAGCUUUUUUCUUUAUACCCUAUGGAAUGCUCUUUGUGUGUAGUAUGUUUCAUUUACGCUUUCUUAAAGUUUUGUGUUAAUUUGUGUGUGCGUUAGAGAAAUGUGAGGCCAUGUUUUGUGAGUCGCACUAAGCAUGUUCAAAGCUAAAACCUGUUACUCUUCAUCCUCUCAUUCAGUGAAAACAGACAGAGUUUGGCUGGAUUUAAACGCCUCUUAUGUACCUACAUGCUCCCGAAGGGAUUCAAUUAGAUCCAAGAUUACUGAUACAGAAACAUUCAUAUGCUUUCCUCUUAAAGCUAGGGUUGGUAGUCACAGAAAACUAGCAUGAAUUUGAAUGUAGCAUUUCUUCAGGACUCUGUCUAACCCCUCCCCCCCUCACCUGGAGCUCCUCCAAAACGACUCCCCCGCUCACAUGCUCAAGCGCCGCUGAUUCGUGACAAUAUGAUCGCGACUGAUUCAAAACCGGUCCUCAGCACAUCGUUUGUGUUUUGCAUUACGUCAAUUCAUGUCUCACUCAGCAGUGAAAUCACCAAAACAUUAUCAUAGUGAAAGUUACAAACACAAACAAACAUGUAAUGUACGUGCAGGAGGCGGACAGAACGGCAGGACGGGAUUUGAUUGGUUUCAUAAUUUGGCUCCUGAUGGCAGGGAUUGGUCGGUGUUUUCCCAGGUUUACUCUGGCUGUAGAUAGCAGCUUUUUUUCCGCUCUUUUUUAAGAACACAUUAUGUAUUGAUUGCCAUCAGGACAUAAAGACCAUUUUAAUCAGUAUAAUAAAAGGUGUAUCUAAAUCUGACUACCAACCCCAGCUUUAAGAUACUUUUUACUGCAAAGUACCAGAGAGAGUUUUCUAAAUAAGAAAAGAAAUGGUGCUCCCUCCACUCACUCGUCUGUCUUUGUGACAGCACUGAAACAUGCUUUGUGCUUGUCUUGACAGCACAACAGCUCCCCCAUGUGAAGCCCAAACUGUUAGAGCUCCUCCUGGAGACUGGCUGCAGUACAGGUCAUAAAACCUGUCUCCUUAAGGCUGAUUUAUACUUCUGUGUCCAAUCGACGGCGUAGCCUACGCUGGGGUCCGCGUAGCUCCCGUACCUACGCUGAGGCUAACGCACGUAGCUGAUGUGCACCUCCUCCAAAAUGUAACUACCCGUAGAAUCAACGCGGACCACAAGCCCUGUGAUUGGUCCGCUCGGUGGCUUGUAUUUCCCUGUAAUCAUAGCUGUAUGAUAAACAGCAACAUGUAUCAGCUGUAGAUUAACAUAACACGCUCUGAAUCUCUGUGGAAAAGUAAACAGAGAUCGUAGCGGGGCCGGAAGCAGGCGACCAGCUAUCAGAGAGACCACACUGCUCCCAAGCAUUUCGGCGGAGAAUUGCUGCGCGACACGGACACAUUGACGCACGUAUGUGGUGCUCAUGUCAGCGUCAGCCCCUGCUGCAUAGGGGCAACGCAGAGGUAUAAAUCAGCCUUAAGUGUAAACAGAUGGAUCAAAGUGGACAGAACAUGGAUCAAAUUCAGACUGUAUAAUAAAUUGACGCAGUAUCUGUGACGUCACCCAUCUGUUUUUGAAGCGCUGUUUUUGAAGCCGAUCGUCGGCCAUAUUGGAAAUGCUGAACUCAACCUAACCUCUGUCGAGCUAGUGAGAGGUAAAGAGGCGGGCUUUGAGCCUCCUCGCCAACAGCUUCAGUGUACCCGCCUAUCAAUCAAUUCAGCUCUGCCUCUAAUUAUGCGUUAUGAAAAAAAUCACAAAAUCCUUUAUGAACCAGGCUGUAAACAUGUUUAUUUCUGCUGUUAAGAUCAGCUGUUUUGAAUCUGUGUAUAUGUGGUUUCCGGUACUUCCGGAGCCAGCCUCAAGUGGACACUCAAGGAACUGCAGUUUUUAACCCUUCUGCAUUGGCUUCCAUUCUCAAAGCUGGAGGUUGCCACUUGAUUAAACUAUAAAAUACAAAUACAAAUUUUCCUCAAACAUGGUUAGUUCUUAUGCUGAUUUAUAGGGAAGUGAUCAUUUUCAGAGAAGUUAUUGACAGCCCUGUUGAUAAAUGCGGGCUCCCGCAGUGUUCUAUACAGGUUUAGCAGAGUAGAGGAGGAAUGUAAAAACACAAACAUGAGUCAGUGAACUUUUCAUAAACCGACACAAGAAUCUGUCCCACUGUGAACUUUACAAACCUGAGGGGUCUUUGCUGUUUAUGGAUCAGUUAAAUGUGUGCUUCAGUUAGUCAGUCUUAGCCAGAUCACUUCUGCCCAUGUCUUGGCUCCACCAGCGCCUAUCGAGGAGGUGUUUUGGCUUCACUUCUCACACUGAGGAGAUGGAGGCUACAUUGAUAUAGACUCAAUGGUCUGACAGUCAGCAUUAACCCUCCUGUUAUGUUCGUUUCUCUGGAACAGCAAUAAUGUUCCUGGGUCAAUUUGACCUGGGACAUAUUCAAUUAUCCAAAAGUGUCAGAACCCCAAAAAAUCCCAAUACACAUUUUUUUAAAUCUAAUUUUUAACUCCAUUACUAACCAUUUAAAUCAAGAUUUGGUCCAUUGGUGUUCUUUAAUUCUCAGAUCACGGUUCAUUGAGGAUAACUCACUUGUUUUUCAUUAAAAUUAAUGUUAAAACUUUUUUUAAUAUACAUUGGAAAGCCCUAAAUAUAAAUAUAAUAGUUUUACAUGACAUUGAUUUUUGUUUAUUUUAUUUUACAUUUUGAAUUUUUUAUGAAGUGAUGUUGAUAAAUUGACACGACACCUCUUCUGUCACAUGUUGCCCAGAUUUUUAUGCUGCAUUAAGCUGGUUUGGAAGGCAUAUAUUGUCUAAAAUAGACUUUAAAAAGGGUCAAUUUGACCCGCAACAUAACAGGAGGGUUAAGAAGCUGCUUUAGGGGACACUGAUCAUUUCUGUUAAACAAUUUCAAAACUUAAUCAAUGCCAAUCAAAAAUAUUUCAUGGCUUAUAUGUUUUUAAAGAUUGAACACUGAUAUCAAUAAGUGAUGAGAGUGUGCUGUUAUUCAAUACAAUUUGUUCCUUGUUUGAUGAUGUGUAUGUAAGAACUGACCACUGUUCUGUGGUCUGAAACACAAGGAUACAGCUGUCAGCUGAUCAAUGUGAGACGAGCAGAGGAAGCAUUCUUACAGUUUGAGUGAAUGAGUGAACAAAGAUGAGCAGUUAGUGUCGUCUGAAGAUGUAAACUCUUAUCCCUGUCAUGUCUGUAGAGACUGGGUUUGUUCAGUGUAACUCCAGUCAAACCUGACUGGUGUUUGUUUACUGUGCCUGAAAAUAAAAGCUUUAAUUGGUAAA